UUCAAGCUCUUGAGUUAUACAUGCGGUUCGUAUCACCUAAUCUGCAGAGAGUUCGGGCAGCAAAUCUGAUACUUGCAAAGUCCCUUCAGUACUGAAAGUUUCACUGCACGAUUUACUUACAUUGUGAAGGGAAAGCGGAUCUGCUGACUGGAUCUACUCAACGUAGUGUGACAAUACUCUUGAUUUUGGUCUUCAGUAGUUCAGAAGAAAGGCGCAUCCAAUGGCGCAACCGCUCGUCGAUGGUUCUAGCCUAGAACUACAAAACGUGUUUGUUUCUACCGUCAAGCCUUCGGAAAGAAAAGAUCACGUGGAGAAAUACGAUGUUGCCUUGCUCGACUUGUACCUGCCGGACUUUUUCGUGCCAGUGCUGUUUUUGUACAAACCUGAUCCAGAGAGCCACAUUCGACUGAGCGGCUCGGAGUUUCUCAGGCGGCUGAAGGAGUCCCUGAGCAAACUCCUAGUUCCGUACUACACGUUUGCCGGUCGAUUUUGCAAGACAUAUGAUCACAGGAUACGUCAGCUGCUUUGUAACGAUGAAGGAGUUCCAUUCAUCGAGGCGGAGAUUGACGAGGAGAUGGUUAAGGUUGUGAGCUUGGAUGACUUUCAACCGCUGCCUAUCCUUUGUGGACACCAGUUUCUCAACCUGGAUGCAGUAGCAUACUACCAAACGAAGGCCGAAUUUCCUCUUCCAGCGUGUUUCAUUCAAGCUACGAAGUUCAGAUGUGGAGGAAUCAGCGUGAACGUCAACUUCUGUCACCAGCUGGCCGAUGGAAAAGCCAUGUUUCAGUUCGUUAAAGACUGGUCACAGAUGACUUUGGAAGGGCAUUGCACAAAUAUACCGAUCCAUGAUCGCUCAUUGACAUAUCCUGUGUCUCUUCUCGAAAGCUUGAUGUCACAGGGUAAUCCAGAAGAGCCACAAGUCAAGACCAAUGGAACCUUAGCGCUAGAUGAGAAAUCCCUUGGCGCCGGAGAGCACGAUCGUUCGCAUGAAGGACUUGGUGCUGGUGGUGCUCCUGCCUCUCUGCCGGACUGUGCAGAUACUGAAGCUCCCGUGGACCCGGCGGAAGCAGUCCGAUUCAUCCCCGUUCCCUCAUGGGCUAGCAAAACGCUGCACGUGAGGAAGGCAAGCGUCAUGGAGCUCAAGCAAAGGGCCAUGGCCAACGAGGGGGGACUGGUGCCCACUGCUCUGGACUGCAUACAGUCGCACAUCUGGCGAGCACUGAGCAGCAUCCCGUCAUCUGUCGACAACAAAAAGGGCAGCGUCUAUGGAAUUGUGGCCGAAGGUCGGUCGCGAAUGCACGACCCCGCAGUACCCGAGUCCUACUCAGGCAACGCUUUCCUCCUACUCUUCUCGCCGCCACUCGACCAACCGGACGACGAUCCUCUGACAGAAGCCAACAUCAUCCACAAUCUAAUCCGAAGUGUCACUCCCCAGUCCUGGCCCGGUCAAUUCGCAAAAUCGGUCGGCAUUCUCCUGAACAGCGCCGCCGUCCCGGAGAGGGCGUUUUUCACUUCAUCCUGGUACCGAUUUCCCAUGUACGAGGCGGAUUUCGGCUACGGCAAGCCCAUUCUUGCGACUGUCAAUGUAGCAUCGUCCACUCCUCCCUCGGGCUAUGCAGUUCUCAUGCCUCCUCGCCCCGGUUCAGACUUUCUGGCUUCACUUCAUAUCGUUAUGGCCCCCGAGGUCCUGCAAGCUAUGCUCGAAAACUCCGAGUUUCGCUCCUUCUUCCACUGAGCACCAAUUUCUUGACUGCUUCAUAAUCACGAGCUGACUCCGAGGUUGAUCCAGAUGCCGCCAUCCUGUCGGCACGACUCCAUGCCCGCAAUCUGCUGAACGAACGGAAGAGUCGCUGACAGAUCUAGCCGGGGACGCAUGGGAUAGUCAUAGUUGCUGAAAGGAAUAUGUUAUCAUGUACGACCAGGCGUGUUGGACGUCCAAACAGAGCAUAAUAAAAAGUUUCGGC